AAGAAUACGCAUAGUGGAAAGAAGACUUAUAUAUGUCAGGAGUGUGGAAAGGCCUUUGCUGGAGCCUCAAAACUUACUGUACAUAGGAGAAUUCACACGGGAGAGAAACCAUAUAUAUGUAAGGAAUGUGGAAAGGCCUUUGCUAAAGCCUCAAUAUUUACAGUACAUAGGAGAAUUCACACUGGACAGAAGCUUUAUAUAUGUGUGCAGUGUGAAAAGGCCUUUACUACAUCCUCACAAUUGACUGUACAUAGGAGAAUUCACACUGGAGAGAAACCGUUUAUAUGUAAGGAAUGUGGGAAGGCCUUUGCUAAAGCCUCAAGACUUAGUGAACAUAGGAAAAUUCACACUGGAGAGAAACCAUAUAUAUGUAAGGAAUGUGGAAAGGCCUUUGCUGCAGCCUCAAAACUUACUGUACAUAGGAGAAUUCACACUGGAGAGAAACCAUAUAUAUGUAAGGAAUGUGGAAAGGCCUUUGCUGCAGCCUCAAAACUUACUGUACAUAGGAGAAUUCACACUGGAGAGAAACCGUAUAUAUGUAAGGAAUGUGGGAAGGCCUUUUCUGAAGCCUCAAGACUUACUGUACAUAGGAGAAUUCACACUGGAGAGAAACCGUAUAUAUGUAAGGAAUGUGGGAAGGCCUUUUCUGAAGCCUCAAGACUUACUGUACAUAGGAGAAUUCACACUGGAGAGAAACCGUAUAUAUGUAAGGAAUGUGGGAAGGCCUUUGCUAUAGCCUCAAGACUUAGUGAUCAUAGGAGAAUUCACACUGGAGAGAAACCGUAUAUAUGUAAGGAAUGUGGGAAGGCCUUUGCUAAAGCCUCAAGACUUAAUGAACAUAGGAGAAUUCACACUGUAGAGAAACCAUAUAUAUGUAAGGAAUGUGGAAAGGCCUUUGCUGGAGCCUCAAAACUUACUGUACAUAGGAGAAUUCACACUGGA